GGCAAAAGUAUAUCAGUUCAUUUUGUAACGGUUGAGUGGUGUGAUUGGUUCUAGUGCUAAAAUGAAGGUCGCUGUAUUCGUACUGGCAUCGCUGGCGGUUGUACUGGCGGAACCUCCGGUACCCAGCAACACUUACAUCCCAUCAAACCAAUACGGCCCACCAAGUGGACCACCAUCUAACCAAUAUGGACCGCCAUCUAACCAAUAUGGACCUCCAUCCAACCAAUACGGACCGCCAUCCAGGCCCAACAACCAAUAUGGACCACCAGCUCAAACUCAAGCCAUCUAUGGACCACCCAACAACCAAUACUUGCCACCAGGCGGCGGAUACGGAGGCGGCAAAGACGAGGAAUCCGAACCAGCCAACUACCAAUUCAAAUACGACGUUCAAGACCCACCAUCUGGUAACGACUUUGGACAUGAGGAAGAACGUCAAGGAGACGUAGCCCGCGGCAAAUACUACGUCCUUUUGCCCGACGGUAGACGUCAAACUGUUGAGUACACCGCCGACAAUGACGGGUACAAGCCAAAAAUCACCUACGAGCAAGUUGGUGGUGGUUACCAAAACGGUGGUUACCCAGCCAGUGGCAACGGGGGUUAUCAGUAUUAAGCCAGUAGAUAUAAUAGGAAACAAAGUAUUAAUUAAGUGAAAUAACGAGAAAUCGUUUAUUUAUUUGUGUUCAGGAGAUUUUAAUUUGUUUUUAGCUCGUUCCGCCCCUUCAGUCAUGCUUGGUUAAGAUAAUUGGCUCUCUUUGCACUUUAUUCUCUUGUGAUAUACACCCUUAUUUUUGUGUCAGCUCAUACUUCGUUACUUCUUCUGUCUGUUAGGAUAGUUCUUCAACUUAACGGAAGCUAACAAUUCCUGUAACGUUCAACUCACAUGUAAAUAUUCAAAACCCCGAGUUGGACUUGCGGACUGUUUCCGUUGUUGAAGAGGUCUCAGUUUUCAUCCAAUAAUCGUGCCAAGUAUAGUACCUUCCCAACGCGCCCCUUUCAGGCGCUUCUAAUAGCUUUAAUAACAAUUUGUAUUAUAUUUAUUUUAACUUGUGAGUUUUAUGAUGAAAAUGAUGAACGGAUAUGGAUCACGAUUUAUACGUAAUCAAGUGGAAGAUUGUUAAUUUGCCAAUUUGCCAUUUUAAUAAUCCCAGCUUGAUUUGUAUAUGGAUACUUUAAUACUGCCAUAUUUAUAUAAAGUAGUAUAGGAUAUGAGUAUUAUGAUAUUUUUUUAUAAAAUGCAUAUAUGUAUACAACUAUUUAAUAAAUGAAUUUGCAUUAUA